UGGUGCGCCCGAGUGUGUAUAUCGUUGCCGUUGCCGUUGCCGGACGUCGACUCUCCGCCGCUCGUUUAUAUAAAUAGAGGCGUCCCGACGACGCCGUCGUCGCCGCCGGUGACUUUCUGGCGCGCGCGAAUGUACACGGACGACGGCGGCCCAGUUGUUAUUAUUAACGUGCGGCUAUAAUAGUUAUAGUAUACAUUAUACGUGUAUUAUAGCUCUAUACGCGAUAAAUCGUCGUCGUCUCGUGUAUUGCGUGUGUUAUUAUUGUUGUGUCGUGCGCGAACCAAUCGCCAUCGUCGUAUUUGCACCGAAAUAAUAAUAAUAACAAUAAUAAUAAUUAUAAUAAUAUUAUAAUACUGUUGUUGUUUCAUAAAUUCUGUAUACACCGCGCACAGGUAUCCGCGGAGGAACGUCUCGCGAACCGUCUAUUAUUCUUGCGGAAUCGCGAAUUACGCGUUAGGUGUUCUUCUGCCGCCCUUCCGACAGCGAGGGGUGAUCGCGUGUCGUCGUCCGGAGCUGCCACCGCCGCCGUCAUCGUCGUGGUCGCUUCCGCCGGCGCCGCCGUCCCAGUGUUUGGUCGUCCGCGAGCGAUUGUGUCCGUCACCGAUGGUGUACAAGACCGUACUAUUACUACUGCUACCACCGGUGGACGCGAGAAUGCGCCGAUACCGUGACGCCGCGAUCGCGCGUGAUGCGGUGUGAUCGAACGUCGACGACGACACGGUGCUGGUGACGAUAAUGUCCGGUGUCGCGCGGCGGUAAAAAGGCGUUAAAUGUCAUCGGUUCCGGCGGUGUGGGUUUGGAAUUAUGUCGCUGCCGGCGGUCGAGGGACAACGCAGUCCGGCGCUGUGUAAGUAAUAAAACGGCGGUACUGUGGAAUUGCGAGUAUAAAUAAAUCAAUGCCAAAAUAAUGUUUGCCAAAAAUAUAAAAGGACGAGGAAAGAACGAGAGUUUCACAUUGUUCGGCUCGGUUCCCGGCCAAUACCGCUGCCCCGGUCGUAAGAGGGUCAUUCGUCAAGACCGCCGAAUAGAUCGUUUUCUCUCGGUAACCAACCGACACCCGCUCACCAUACGCCGCUGCCGAACUUGCGUUUCAUUCGUACACACCACGAGCUUUUUCUCCCCCCCCCGCGUAUAAACGUGCAAUACGUACACAUUCAAUACAUUCUGUUUUUAACGACGUUUGAAUUGACAUUGUUCGGCUAACAUACUGUUGUACUUGAUAAUAAUAUUGUGCCAUGGAAUAGCUGAUGUUACGCAUUUGAUUUAAGUGGGGAGGAACACGUGCUCUUAAAUAACGUCUUAUCGUCUAUAUAUAGAUCUGAAAAAAAAAACUGAAUUCUUUCUGGAUUUCAUUUUUAGACAUGGAUUUGUCGAGUUCAAGGUUACUAUACUUGCAGUGUUACGGUGACACUUAUAAUCCGUACGUAUAGAUACGUGGGUCGUAUCUCGUUAUGGCCGAUCUUUUUUAUAAUACUAUAGCCGUUAUUAUAACAUUUUUUUAAAAAUUGAUCAACAAUAUUUAUACAUAAUAUUAUAGUAGUAUAUAGUAGAUCUAUAAUAAUUAUUACGAUAAUUAUAAUAUUUCAGUUUCUAACGAAAAGUGCAAUCUGUUUUUUUUUUUUUUUUCAAUAAAUAUACAGUAUUAUUGUAAUCAGGAUUCGGAUUUUAUAGCACUAAAAUGUACAUAAAUGUGCACAAUAAUAAGCAUAAUAAUAAUAAUAAGCACGAAAACCAGGAAAAUGUAGUACUAUUCUAAAAAUCUAAAAUGUUUCAAAUAUUCAAAAAUAUUCAUUAUAUGUUUGGAAUCCCCGUUGUAAAAAAAUAAAUGUAUAGCUAACUCUGCUAUUUUUCUCCGUAUUCUAUAAUAAUAGGUAUUACCAAGUGUUACAGAAACCGAGCCCUGAUUAUAAUAGUUUUGGGUAUAAUAUUCGAAUAUAGCUCUGAUAGCAAGAUCAAAAACUAUUAUAGAGCUAUUGUAUAAGACCAUAAUAAUACGUAAAACUUAUAUGUAGGAUUUAUUCAUGAAAUCAAUUUUUAAAACCUGAAUAUUCUCAAGCGAGUUUUUUUUUUAAAUUUAUCUGUCACUGAAAAUUGUUCAAAUUUUAUGUGUAGAUAUGCAUUACUUAGUAACUGUUUUAUCUUCUUUAAUAAAAAUUCGUAAGAUUUCCUAUAAUUUAUAAGUAGAUACACCACAGUAUUUGUUAUUUUUUCGGUGCCGUUAAUUACUUUCUACAAUUUCAACCCAUAUUUUUUUGUUUGUGAUUUGUUCUAAAUUUAACAUAGACUAAUCCGUUUUUUAUUUUUAUAAAAUAUUUUACUUAUUUCUCUAUUUUAAAUUAAGCAACGAGCUUUUUGUUAAUGGGUGAUUUAACGUUCAAUUGAUAAUAAUAAGUUUAUGAUGGAAAAUAAGUAGAAUACAAUAUUAUGCACCCAAAUAUGCAUGUUGAUGCAUAUUUGAACAUAGAUGUUAUACCUCAAGAAUAAAGGUAAUUUUAAAAUUGUCCAAAAUAAAAAAUUCCAUAAACAAAAGUAAUAUAUCUACAUUUUUUAAUGUGGAUAUAAUGUGGAUUUUAACUAUUUUAAUGUGAAUUUUCCCCAGUUAGAAUCUAUGAUUGUUAAUUGAUUUAUCAUGCAAAACCAUGUCGGGUAUAGAUCACAGAAAAACAUAUUCUCACUUCUUUCAUGGAUUUUUUUUCUGUUAUCACCGGGAAGAACCCUAUUCAAGUCCCGGCAUUGACGCCCACUAUACAAUUAUCAUUCAUUAUUGGACACCUAGUCUAAAUAUGUAAUAAAUGUCUUUAACUUGUUUAUAGCUACUUAAGGAUAAAACCAUGGCCUUAUUUAGCAUUCAUUUUUUUUAGAAGCAAGGUGGUUAUUUUAAGAUGAUACUAUAAUAUAAUUUGUAGAAUUUUAAUUGAAUAGAAUCAUAUCAGGUUUUUAUAGGCACCAGAUGAUCCAUGAUCCAUUUAAGUGGGUACACUUAUCAUUUCAGAAAAUAUUAACUUUUUCUCGAAUUUAUUUUCUAGAACAUUUAAGAAAUAAGCUGCUCUACAAUUUUGUAUUUAUAUUAUUUUUUGUUACCUUUAUUUUUGGGGAUAAAACCAUUAUCUAUUUUUGAUUUUCAAAUAGCAACUUAUAUUAAAAAUUCCAUAAAUAGAUGGUGUAUUAGUUAAAAUAAAUUUGGUGUUGACAUUUUUGAUUUCCGCCAAUCCAUUGACGAGAUAUUCCACUUUUAAGUUUGGGUUGGGGGAAAGUAGUGGAGUAUCAUUAAUUUUGUGGUUAUAUAGCGCACAGCUUGUUGAUAAUGCGCAAUUACUCUUCUCCAAACCAAACGUAAAAAAUAACAUAAAUAAAAAUUGUAGAGCUGCUUAUUCCUUAAAUGUUCUUGAAAACAAAUUCCGAAAAAUAUUUACUUUCCGAGAUAAUGAGUGUCCCCAUUUCAAUCGAUCACCUGAUAUAUAUAUACAUUUACUUAUACUAUAUUAUGUCCGUAAUGUCCGUGCACGUUAAAAAUGGAAAUGUUCUUUUUGGUGUCGCCAUUGAUAUAGGUUUAGUAGCAAUGUAGUUUACUUGGUAGAUUAUUAUAUUAGGAAGGCAAUACAAAUAAUUUUUAUGUCAUUUCGGGAGUUGUGUUGAUCCCAGAACCUUCUCUCUUGUCUGAAUACGGUCUUGGUAAAAACCCAUUUAUUACUUACGAAGGAUUAUUUUCGUUUUGAAAGGAUCUCCUAUAUAAAUACGACAUAGUAAUAAGACAAUCUGUUGUUUUCGUCUUACAAAGAUACGUUAUAAAAAAUUUAUGUUCAGCAGAUGUUAUGUUGUUAGUUUUCAUACUAGAAUAAAUUAAUCGAUUAUUAAAUUUAAAGGAAGAACAUUAACUGCGUUUGUACAUUGUUUUUUUUUUUUUUUUUUUUUUACAUUACUUAAAUUUGUAAGCAUCUGAAAUAACCAACGUAUAAACUCAGAUAAUGUUCAUUCCUUUAAUUUUUAUAAUAUAUCAGUUCACUCUAAUAUUAAAACUAAAAGGACAAAAAUGAUUUUGCUGAAUGUAAAUUAGGUAUGUCGUUCGUUUGUAUAAAUCAGAGACAACCAAAAUGCAUGUGUAGCGUCCUCUUGAAUACGGAAUUACUCAGAAAUUUGUUAGAGAUUAGCUCACUGUUAUAAUAAUCUCAUAAAUAAUUGUAUGGAAAAAUAAAAACACGUAUUCAGACCUAUUAUACCUACGUAUUUUUUAUUUUUUUACAAAAAUUUUCGUAUUUAGUACUUACCCGUUUUUACACAAUUUAUUUUAAUCCAUUUCAAUAAUUUAAAAAACUCGUGCAAACCGAAUACCAGAUUUCUGAAAAUUUACUAAAAUACUUUCCCUAUUGAUUUCAUUUGUAUAUACCUGUUAUAGAUUCGUAAAAUCGUAUUUAGUGUAUAAGUUAUAAUAGUUUAAGAUAUUAUCAUUGAUUAAUGAUUAUAAUAUAUUUUGUUCUAGUAUUUAUUUUAAAAAACUAGGUAAAAUUAGAUCAUAUAUCAUGAUACUAAAAUAUAUUUUAAUGUUUAUCGCGAUUAAAGACAAAUGGGAAAUUCAAAUAAUUCAAUUGAUUUGAAAUAUUAAAAAAAACAAAAUGCCAUUCAACUUAAGUUUUCAUGGUUUAAAAUUGUUUGUACUUUGUAAUAAUUAUUGUGAUUGAAACCACCUACCUAUCUAGUAUCUUAUACAUUGCAAAUAACUCGUUCGUAUUUAUAUUUAUGUACCUAAAUCUAAACCUUACUAACUUUAACCAUUAUUUAUUGAUCAAUUAAUGUAUACGCUUUAUUAACUAAUAUUUCGUAUGCGUGUAUGUUUUUCCUUUUUCGUAAUUAUUUGUCCAUAGUACCUAGAAUCCCAUGUAAAUACUAUGUAGUAUCCGUAUUUUAGAUUCUAAAGAGAGAGCGGAGCGAGGAAUAUAUCGGUUUUACAAUGAUGUUUGUUAAUUUUUUUUUUUACCGUGUACAACAAUUUUACCAAUUUUUAAAUUUUAUCUGACUUUGAUAUAUUAAGUGUAGUAUUUUUUCUGAAAGAGAAUUUUAUUUAAUUGGUACUUUAUGAAGGUCAUUUUGAUUUUUCGAGCAAUUUUUAUAACAAUUGAGCAAAACCGGUAUAAAACGUAGGAAAAUGGGAAAAUGUACGAAAAUAAUGCUUUUGUUAUUUUCAAUUUUUUUUUAUUGUAAUCCAGUUUAAAAUGUUCGUAGACUUAGAAUUUUGACAGACAACUUAUAUUUGCCCUUUCUAGACGUGAUACAAUUUUCAAAACCAUUGAGCUAUUUUGUAGCUAUUUUAAUUUUAAUUUUACGAAUUUAUACGUACAUUUAUUUGUUAAGUACUCUGUGAAUACAAUUUUUAGAACAAAAAUGCUUGAUAAUUUAACUGGAAGCUCAUUAUAAAUUGUAUUUAGUGAAUAACAAGAAAAAGUUGAGUUUAAUGUAGUAUUUUCUUUUUAUAAGAGUUUUAAUAUCAAAUUUUGACGAAAAUCGUAAAUAUUACUGACUUUUAAAACAUAUAAAACCAAACUCCGCUCAGAAUCAUUUCUUGUAAGCAAUGAUUAAUCGUUGCAUACAGAUAUACAUUAAAUUCCCUUCUAUAUCCUACCUUGGGGAGCCAACUUCUCAUCUGCAACAGUGGCCCAUCUUUCGAGUGAAGUUUGCCCGUCUUUUUGUAAUAUACUAAUUUUAAAAACGAGCUUUAAAUUGUGUAUACAAUUAUAAAUUAUAAUAUUAUUAAUUGACCUUUACAUUUGUGUACGACAAGAAGUAUGCAAUUAUACGACUAUAUAACUAUAUGAAACUAUUAUGUAUAUAUCAAACAUUAAAUUCAGUGAAAUGCGUGCCAAACUCGUUUUCAUUUAACAGACGGAAACUAAUUAGCAGUAAAAUUACUACAGUAAUAUGGCUGCAUACGAAUUGGUUCCCUAAAAACGAAAAUAUCUGUCGCGACAAACGAGUUGCGUCCGCGAUUUUUACACAAUACGUCCCAGUUGCGUCCACGGUUUUUCGGCGACUAUAAACUCAAAUGUUUUCCAUUGAUUAUCGAUACUUUAUUAUAGGUUGGUGAAUAUCACCUUACAAUUUGUUGUUAGAAAUUAAUUUUGUACGUAUGGUUCAUGUCAAAAAUGUCCAAACUAAUAUUUAUAUUAAAAUGCAAAGCUUAAAUUUACAAACAAAUGAAGAGAGUUUGUAAAAAAGAUUUUAUUAAAAAUACUAUGACUUAGUUUCAAACAAAAAUAUAUCACGUCUUGAGUUCGUUCAAAAAUUGGCGUACAAAUUAUUUUUUAAAAUAAUAAUAAUCGGCAUAGUAUCUGUAUAUAACAAUAUUCACAAAGGUACGACGUAAUAUUAUUUUUAAUUAAUUUGUAAUAAAUACAUUUUAGAGCAAUAAAUAAUUUAUAGUAACUAAUAUAUUAUAUAUUUUUAACUACGUCAUUUAUAUAAAUGAUAGUCAGUAAAAUUGGGAAGGAAAAUAAAUAUACAUCAAUAUUAACUCGGAUGUGUCGUGAGAAAAUCGCGGACGCAACUGACGCAAAAUAUAAUAUAUGGACGCGAUUCGAAUGGGCCAUCUAAUACAAUAUGCCUAAAAAAAUUCACAAUUUGGAAUAAUUUAUAUUUCAAAAAUGUACGGAUUCCAAAGGUUUCUUUCAUAGUUUUUUAAAAAUAUUUUAUAACAUAAAUUUUAUUUUUAUGUCCAGACUAAAUCCUUAUUAUUUCAGUUAAAAAUAAAUAAUGGAAGGAUGCACUAAUUAACUGACCUGCAAAUAUAAUAUACAAUGACCUAGUUUAUUAUUAGUAUUUAAAUUUGAAUAGUACAUACUACAUAGUUAGUUUGUACUAUUCAAAUUUAUUACUACAUAGUUAGUUAUAUAGGCAUACAUAUAUUUAAUAAAAUGUGUCAUAAAGGUAUUAAUAUGUAUUUUCUACCGUGUUUCAGUUAUUUAGAGAAGUACUUACAAUUUCUUUUCAGAAAUUAUCCCCUCCCGUAAUUACGUAACUACCAUAUUUUUAUAAUAUAAUGUAUCAAGCAAAAGUAUUCAAUAAUUUGAUUAUAAUAAAAUAAUAAAGUAAAAACAAAAUUAUUAUAUUAUGGAUUGGUAGAAUACAAUAUUAUUUUAAGUACCUAUAUAUAAAUAUACAAAAUAUUAUCAUUAUUAAUGAUUGGACUAAACAGAGGGUGAAAUCCCCUAAAUUCAAAUAAAAUCCACACCCUUUUAUUGCAUGAUAUGUACUAAAUUAAUCUUUAGACGUUAUUUUGUGUUUUUCAUUUCAUAAUGAAACUUUUUCUCCAAUGGUCGCAUUAUAAAUUAUUUAAUGUUUUAAGUAAAUUAACAGUAUUUAUUAUAUAAUAUACUAGGUACGUAUAUUAAUUAAAACUAAUUUAAAAACUGUUUUUGUCUAAAUGAAAAAAUUUACAUUAUCAUUAAGCUAUACAAAAUAUAUUCAUCUAUAGAAUACAUGAAUCAUAAGUUCAUGCAAUUAGAUUAGAAUGACAAUAGGUUAUUGCAUAAAGUUCUAAUUACUUUUUUGGAAAGCGAGUUGCAAUAAUUUCUAGAGUCAUAAUUAAUAGAUUAUUUUUACUUUUUGAAGCAUUUUAAAUGUUCCAAUUGACGCCCUAUUUUUGAUUUUUCAUAGGGAACUUUAGAACCUCAAGAAAUGGUACCUACUCCUCAUGUCUGCUUUUUCAGUAUUUUUCUUAGAACAGUCUACAGUUUACCGACGAUAAACUUAAUCAUCCCUAGCUUUUGAACUACAUAUUAUAUAACUGUUCUAAUUUAAUUUAGUCUAUCGAGUUAAAUAUGUAUCAUAAUACUGUUGAACUUUUGUGACUUAACAAUAUUAUACAUAUAUAUGUGUGUUCAUAUAAGUAUUUAUUGUUCCUGGUGGUGCAUAAAUAAAUAAUUAAAAUGCAUACAAAUAAACUUAAAUGUAUUUGCAAACAAUUCUAAAGUAUAGGCAGUAUCCUAUAUAGCUCAAAUUAAAUUGAAUAAUUUAGUAUACGGUACCCGAGGGACAAGAUAAUGAAAUUCUAUUCUGAAACCUAUUCUAUGAUCAAAUAUUUAUUAAAUCACAUUUAGAAUUUUUCGCAGUUGGAGGAAGUGUAAACUGAUAAUGUUUAAGGUGUAAAAUAUAGGAGUAGGUUAUGUCCUAAAAGAUAAACAGAAAAUAAUAACUUAUAAAUCAACUAUAACGCAUACAUUGGCGGAUUCAUGAGGACAUUUUCCCCCCUCCCCUUUAACAUAGUAGGGCAUAGUACUUUGCUUUGAAUUUGUAUAAUACUUUAAUAAAAUUGUUGAAAAAUAUAUAUCAUAUUAUAUUAGGUAAUUGGUUUAGACCUCCCCUCCCAAAUUAUAGUUUGGAUCCCCUAUUGAUUGAAUAGUAAGAUGUAUUAAGGUGCUUGCAUGAACCGAACCUAUCCGUUCCGCCGUAAAAAAUUCGCCAAGACUAUUUCAUCGUGAUCCAUUCACCGAUGUACUGAUUUUCCGCCCGGUUUUUCACUGCCAAAAUAAUUUUAGGUAGGUACACAUUAAACUAAUAAAUCGAGUAAAUAAAAAUAAUAAAUAAUCAACACAAAUUUAUUUUACAUGACUACACUGCUUUCCUAAUGAAAUGGAGAAUCUCCAACAAUUGAAUUGUCGGGAAAAUUAGUUUAUCGAUUUCUUUGUUUUUCACUAUGAAAUUAUUAUUAUUAUUAUUCACUUUUUUGCAUUAGUUAUUAGUAAUAAGCAUUCUUAAUUUGUUUAAAGUUUUUUUUGUACUUUCUAUACUCAAUAUGCAAUAGAAAUUUGUUUACUAAUAAAACAGCAGUAUCUCCAUUGUACAUACUACUUCAUUAUUUUUUACAUAAAUGUACCUACAUACAGUAUUUUUCCUUAGUAUUUGACAAUAUUUUGGUCAAUGCAACAUUUUACAAUGCAUUUUAAAUUUUUUCUAGUAGAGUUAUGUAUUUUUCCUAAGGAAAAAACCACAGAAUUAUUCUAUUACACAGAGUAUGAAAUGACCUCAAUUUUGAAAAUCUGGCAUUUAAUGCUUAUUUCCCUGGAGAAUUAAGUAUCUACCUAUAAAUUAUUAAUUGUAUUUCAUAAUUAAUGAAUUUAUUAAUGUGCGCACGUGACUACAAAAAUCACUUAAGUUAGGCACAUUUUAUUUAUAUUAUAAUUUAAUAUUAAUUUUUUUUAAAUUAAAUAAUUUUGCUGUACACUGCAGCAAAAUGGUUGGUGGCAAAUCGGUCUAUCGAUGAAAAUACUAUCGGGGAAUCAGUCCGUAUCGAAUUAACGGUGUUGGUUCCAGGACAACAUAAUAGGGAGGGGGCGAUUUUGAAAAUACAUAAAAAGCAUGUAUUUAUGGCGAGCUUAAUGAUAAAUCAAGCUAAGAGUAUAUUAGAGAGUGAACAAGAUGGAGAACGCCGAAAACUGAAAUGACUAAAUGAGCACAGACCGGAUAAAAUAAUAUAACGUUACUUUACUUUUUACUUCCUUCCCCAGUGUCCUGGCCAAGGAACGAAGUUUCUCGUGUCGAAUACCCGAUUUUAUUUUGUCAGACGCUAUUGUGGUAGGGACAUAUACACAAAACGUCUUUGGAUUUUAUCAAGCUUUUCGAUUUGACCGGGCUGAGAAAAAUUCCAAACCACAUAUCCAAAUUCUAAGACCUCACUAAUUCAUAGUAUAGUGGAGUAAAAUAUUUUAUAACCUUAAAAUCGGCACAAUUCCUUUUUAAAAAAACAAGUACUCUAACGCUUUUGUGUAAAUAGAAUCAAUAUGAACAUUGAAACUUAGGUAAUUUAAAAAAAUAAUGCCUAAGUCACGAACUUAAUGGACUUGAAUAAUUUCUUCGUUAUACUUUAAACUUACAAUUUACAAGAAGUUUAUGACGAUGAAAAAAAAAAGAGUAUAAAAAAGGGAAAGAAAAAUACAUAGGUACAGUAAUAUUAUAGAUAUACAGUGAACGCCGCUUACAAGACUCACUUUGGAACCAACAUAAAGUGAGUCUUAUAACCAAAUGAACCUUAUAAGCGAAGUGGAGAAAGGAUAGAAUGUAUUUGGAUAUGUCCGGACUGUUCCAACUGAUUUUGAGUCUAAUAAGCGACUGAACCUUAUAUCCGUGAGUUUUACAAGAGACAUCCACAUAUACCGUUAUAUGAUAAAAUAAUUAAAUAGCUAUUUAUUUUCUUUAAUAAUACUUGUUUAAUAUUGUACCAAUUUUCCUAUGUUUUUUCUCGGUUUUCUCAUUUUUUGAGAAAACUCCAGGGAAAAUAAAAAAAAACGAUUUCCCCAAAGUAACAAAGCAGUCAUAUUUCCUUUUAGAAAUUUGUUCACAGGAAAAAAAAAGGCUGUGAUAUUUGUUCAAUUAUACCUACAGCUUGUACAUUUUCCCAUUUUUUUUCCGUUUUUCACAUUUGGUAAGAAAAGUUAUCCACAGAAAAAAUUAAUAAUAAAAAAAUAAACAUUUUUGUAAAACCAUAACGGUUAAGUAAUUAAAAUAACGAAAAAAUAAUUGUGUAUUAAUGAAAAAAUUUUAUAUAUAUACAAUAUGCAUUCAUACAUAUAACAUACAUAAGAUUUAGUAAGUAAGUAAGUAGGUUCUUUCAAAAAAGUCGGUGAUGUGCGCCUGGUUUUUUGGUAUAGAAACCGUCAUGAUGUGCUCUUAAUUUUUCAACGUAACAAAAUAGUCUGGGCCUAUGUCGUGCUUUUUACCCGCUUCAACCAUACAUCAUCGCUCAUUAGGGUAACAUAAGAUUAGAUUAGGUUUGUAAACUAAAAUAAUCGUCAAGGUUUUUCUCCUUUUGGGAAUUAUUGUAUAAUUUUUAUUUCUGAUAUGACUAUUUUCUGAUCGUUAUAACUGAAAACCCGAACACAGUAAACGCCGAAAAAUGUACUGAUAACGGCUGUUUAUUCUGUUCUUGGCAUUUAUAAUCACUAAGUAGCUGAUUUUAUAACUAGUGAACACUAUAAAUGACAACCACUUUAUAAUUAUUUAUUUUAAAUAAAAUUUUUAUUUUAUGUAAAUUAUUAAAUCACCGUUAUUAUAAUAAUUAGAAUUCAAUUGGUCCAAACGAAAAUGUUUUAAUUUGAAUUAUAUUUUAAAAAUAUUAAUAAUACAAAUUAGUUGAUAAAUAGAUUAUUUUUUUUAAAUUAAGUUUAUUUUCAGCCUUUAAUUUGAACAAUUUUUAGUUCUUUCUUCAUUAACUUAUGAAUUUUAUUUAUUUAACAUAAAUAAUUUUAUAGUAUAAUCAAGUUUACAUACUAUUUAACAAGAAAAAGAUUGAACAAAGAAAAUAUCAUGGAUUAUAUUUUAUCCUUGUUUAGAUAAUUUUAUGUUUAUUUAAUCUAAUAUUAAAUACUGUUAAUUAUUAUAAAUAUUUAUGAAAAACGUAUACAUUGUUAUAAUUUAUAUGAAUGGAAAAUUAUUUCCAUGUAAGUAAUUUUAAAACAGCAUCGCUUCAUUAAAUAAAUUGUUUAGAUAAGUACAUAUUUAGUGUCCGCAAUGUAUACGCAGCCAUAUAGAUAAUGAAUGAAAAAUAUUUAAUUGUUUUGAGAGUUUUUUAUUCGUUAAUUUUAAGAAAAAACUAAAAUAUACUGUUUUAGAUUUAGUAUGAAAAUGAUGAACAUUGAUAGCAGGUUAUGUUGAAUUAUAAUAAUUUAGCAUUUAGCAGUAACCCCAUACAUUAUGUUCAAUAAUUUAUUCUUUAACAUAAAUCAUUACCUACUUAUCUAUUGAAUAAAUUUAUUAGAAACUUUGCAAGAAAUAUAAUUAUUAUCAUCAUAGAACAUAAUUUUAUGAACAUAUUAAGCCAUUACUAGGAUUACAAUAUACUAUGUGUAAUUUAUUAUGCAUACUUAAGUACCUAGCUAGUAAUUAUUGUAUGCAUCAUUAAACGAUAAAAAUACAUUUGAAUUGUUUUUAUAGGUAUUGCGGUAUUUUUGAUAAUUUCAAAUAGAGUAUUUGGAUCAGGUAAAUAAAACAUCAUCGAAAUGUACCUAUUAUGCUGUUAUAAAUUUGUUUAUUCACUUUGAACAUUUUAGAUUCCGAUAUAGUUGGUGGUAAUUUCUCAAUUACAACUACUAUCAGUUAUGAUAUAUCGGUUCAAGAUAUGGCACCUGACGACGAAGUUUUAACGAGUUCAUCGUGCCAACAAUUCUUGGAAGCAUUUGACUUUUAUUCCCCGGGUUAUCCUCAACAUUAUCCCAACAAUACGGAAUGUAUCAGAACAAUUGAAGGUACGAAUUAAAAUCAUUCUGAAAAAAAUAGUAGUGUUUGAAGAUUUUUUUUUUUCUUGGCAGCUGGCGAUGGAGAAAUAAUUGAAUUAGAUUUUAGAGACUCGUUCACCAUUGAACCAAGUAGUGGGUGUAAACAUGAUCAUUUAGAAAUUCGGGAUGGUGAAUACGGAUAUUCAGAACCGUUCCAUUAUUAUUGCGGAAAUCAGUUUCCUCCAAAGUUAGUAUAUAUAUUUGUUAGAGUGUACCUACUUAUAGUAUAUUAAUAUGUGCAUGAUACUCUUAUUAAAAAUACGAGUUAUAUGAAAAAGCCAGUUCUAACCUAGGGGAUGCCGGAUAAAUCUAACUUAAUCCGCAAUGUCCACUACGUAUUCGAUUUAUUUUCUGACAUCAACACCCAAAUUUAAUCAUACCGAUGUUAAACCAACCUAAUCAAACCUAUGCUGGAUUGAAAACGACAAAAAAAAAAUUUAUUUCAUUAUCUUCACUCGUAAUAAUAUAAUAGUAAAACAGUAUAGUAUACUUUUGUAUGUAAAUAAUAGUGUAAUAAUCAAAGAUUUGUAAAAAAAACUUGUCACAUAUAUUAUAAUAUAUGCGACGAGUUUUUCACGAAUUUGUGAUAAAUCAUACAUAAUAUAUGUGACGAAUCAAUUAGGUUGGGAUAAGUUUAGGUGUUGGUGACAAAAAAUAAUUUUAUUAUGUAGUAUUGCGGGUUAAGUUAAGUUUAUACUUGAUCCCCUUGAUCCCUUGGGUUAGAAUCGGCUUUACAAUGCUCUUAAUAUGUAUUUUUGUCUGAAAUCCCUCCACGAUGAUCAGAAACAAAAAUAAUCCUACCGAAAAGUGGCUUUGUGGGUUUCACGCUUCUAAUCAUUUUAUAAGGAAGAAUUUUACAAUAAAAUUAUGUUUUCUACCUACUUUAUAACGAGUAUAACUUUAUUUGUUAAUAUUUUAUGGAAUUUAACAUUAUAAGUAGGUAAUAAUAAUAUUAACAAAAAUAAUAAAGUAAUAAACUCAAUUAUAAUACACCUACAUAUUAUACAGGUAAAUACAAUAUAUUUAUAAUAUUUAUUUUGGACCAUGAUAUCAACAUAUAAUAUAUCCUCCAGCAUAGUUUGAAAUGGAUCAAGUCCUUGAAAUCUGGAUCGCCACUGCAUGAUUUUAUCGUCAUUUGUUCCUCGUUAAAUUCUGAGUGGAACAAAGAAGCUUAUGGUUUUAUAAAGAUGUUUAUAUUUUUUUUUUUAUCUGUGUGCAACUUUUCUAACAGAAAUCUUGCUCCAAUUUUUAAGUAUAGCACUUUUUCAAAAAUAAAUUUGACUGGAAAGAUACUUUAGAGAAGUCAUUUUUUGAUUUUCCUAAGAGUUUUCCCAACAAAUUUGAAAAACCGGAAGAACGGGAAAAUCGGUACAACAUUAAAUAAUUAUUAUUAAAGAAAAUUUAUAAUGCAUAUUUAAUUAUUUUUCCAUAAUAUGACCUAUAUAUUGUUGAAAAAGCAUCACUACCAACUGAAUUCUGCUCAAAAUCGUUUUUUUCGUUAGCAAUAGUUCAUCGCUGCUUAAAGGUAUACAUUAAAUUACCUAUAAGGCUAUAACAGUGGCUGCACCCAUCUCCAUUAUCUUAGGGCAACUUUUUUUUAUUAUUUCAUCCCUGGUAGUCUCAUUUAAGCGUGCAUAUCUACUAUCCAUAGAGUCAAAGUAAUGACUAAUGAAUUUAAAGAUAACGAAUAAUACGAGCCUAUUCUCACAAAAUGUAUUACAACCUAUUGAUAUGAAAACAUUUGUUAAAAUUAAAGUAGAAAACUGACCCAAUAUCACUAUAUCAGUGAAAUCAAGUCUGAGACAGAAGUCGGUCCCCGGAAUUGUAUAUUUGAUGUAUAAAAAUGCAAAGCGCACGGCAUACGACAUGCACAAAUUUGAGCUCGUAUGAUUGUAUGAGUAUGUGUUAUAAAUAGAAUACAACGCAUAUUCAGGUAAAUUAUAAUUUUUCGACCAGAAAUUAUAUUUAAUUUUGAUAGCCAGUGUAAAAUUCUGUCAAACAGUAUGAGGAGUUGUGAACAAGAACUUGGCGGACUAUCCCUUCGUGGGUGCACCUAGGAACAACAGAUGAGAAGUACCCAUGGUGUAUAAUGUUUGCAGAUUAUAUAGCUUUGAUAGGAGAAAACUCUUAAAGAAGUUAAAAGUAAACUUAAUGAAUAGGGAGUAACACUUAAAAGAAACGGACAGGGAUAAGUAGAAGUAAAACGGAAUACAUUUAGGGUAUAUGGAGUAUGAGUUUAGAGAAAAAUGACAGCUAACGACAAUAAACGGUUAUAGGUUAGGUUAAAUUUUAAGUACCUAGGAUUUUUUGCAUAAAAGAACAGUGGCUUUGAUAAGGAUGUGAAACAUAGGAUUGAGCGUGGUUGAAUAAAAUGAAGAAAAGCGUCAGAUGUUUUAUGCGACAAGAGAAUUCCACCGAGACUUUAUUAUUACAAAAAUAUACCAAAAAAAGAUGACCUAGGAUAAUGGGGACCGGUGCAGCCACUGAUAUAAGUGGGAAGUUGAGAAGGUAGUAGAGGGGAAAUUUAAUGUAUAUCUGAAUGCAACGAUUAACUAACAAAAAAAUGAUUCUGAGCGGAAUUCGGUUAAUCGUGUUGCUUUGUCAACAAUAUAUAUUAUAUCAUAUUAUAGUAAAAUAAUUACAUAUUAUUUUCUUUAACAAUAUUUUUUUAAAAUUGUAUUUAUUUUCCAUUUUGCCUACGUUUUUCACAGUUUUUUUCCCAUUUAUUAGGAAAACUCCCGGGAAAAUCAAAAAAUGACUUCCCUAAAGUACCUCCCCGGUCCAAUUUUCUUUCAGAAAAAGCAUCAUCACUAUAAAUCAGAACAAAAUUGCUAGUAGGAAAGUUAAUCAUAGAAAAAAAAAACAUUGUAAAAUCAAUACACUCCCUGCUCCACUCAGAAUCUAAAAGUAAAAUGUAUGCAUGUAUAAAUAUGGACUAAACGAAACGAUAAAAUAAUCAUAUUAAAUAGCUGUAGUGAUCAUUAUAAAUAACAACUAACGGUUUUAUAUAAUCGUUAAAUAACCACUAUGACUAUAAUGCAAAUCUGUUGUCUGAACAUAUACAUUAUAUGCACACAUCUGUUUAACAUUUUGUGUGUUAUACACUGUCAAGUUCUAUAGAACUGUAUUUAUCAUUCAUAAUAUUUGUGUAAUUUCAUUUGGCGAAAAUUAAACCCGUCAACAAAAUUGUUACAAAUUUGAAACUCGCAAAUACGUGACAAGAGGAUUCUUUUUUUCUGGUAAUGGUGGAAAGAACUCUAAACCAUGCGGUGCCUAAAAUCAUAAUCAUUGUAAAUAUAUGUACUAUACACUUAGUUAAUAUUCCCCUUAUUUUCCAGAAUAAUUUCAACUGGCAGAUUCCUAUGGUUAAGAUUUCGGUCCGAUGAAAAUAUUGAAUAUGAAGGGUUUCAUGCUGUAUACAGAUUUAUUAAGAAACCUCCAGCAGGUAAAUUACUUUCUAAUAAAUUAAUAAAAUAGAAAACUACCUCUUCUGGUUUAUAUGUUCCUUACAACAAUUAUCUAAGCAAAUUAAUAUUAUAAAAUUACGAGAUUUUUAACCAAUAAUCUUCUUGCAGAAAUAAAAUAUCGGUGGGGAGGGCUGCUUAAAUUUGUUGUUUAUUAAUUUGAUGUCUUUAUAACCUUGUUGUUAAGAUAGUUAAACUAUUGCUAACAUUUUCCUACUUUUGAAAAAAUAUCAAGGAGUCUGGAACCAAUUGAAGAAGAUUGGUUCCCCAAUUUGUAGGGCCAUAACUGCAGGGAUCUCUCCAUACUUGUAAUUACGGCCUUGAGUCUAGUAUAAAAGACCGUCACUCGAUAUUCCAAAAUACUCGAAAUAGUUUAUAGAAAUCAAUAAAAAUAAUAAGUAAAUAAUAUAGUUACUAUAUUUGUAUAUUAUAUAAUAUUUUUAUUUUAUACAAAUUAAGAUGAGGACAGAAGGCUACAUACUCUUUCGUGUUUCUAUACUAUACUGCAUCAUUCUAACCAACGACCAACAUAGCAAAAUUGCGUUGUUUAGAAUAUAAAUUGUUUCAUAUAAGUAGAAAUUAAUGUUUAAAUACAGAUAACAAAAUUAAAAUAGCAGAAUACUUUUCAGUGAAAAACUAUAUGAUGAUGCUAUUUUCUAAUUUACUGCCAAUCAAUAAAGUUGCUGCUAUGUUAGUUUUUGCUUUUUUCAAAUAACUUGAAACAGCAAAUGUGUUUGCCUAUCUGCUCUUUGAAAAUAUUCUACUCUUUUUGUGACGAACGUUUUGUGAUCUACGUUUGAGCUCAAAUUUUAACCUACAUACUAGUACAUACCUACAAUUUGUAUUUUAAAUAGGUAACAUUAUAAUUAGACUGAAAUAGUAAAUGCACACAUUUAUAUUUUGAUAGUUAACUAUAAACAUGGCUACUUAUAAGUUGCUUAAACGAGUGAACAAUAGUCGAACAAUUAAAGCGACAAUAGAGAGACAUUGUCGCUUUGGGUUGCUUCGCGAACACACGCCUAAUGUAUAAAAUAAUAUAAAUUUUAAUUUAUUGAUAUUUUAGUAGUUUAUAUACAGGAUGCCCCGCGUAGAUAUGCACAUUGGCAAUAUCUCCUGAGAUAAUAAAAAUAAUCAAGUUCUGUUUUCUGUUUAUGAUUCGUAGGGAUAAGGACUAAAAAUAUUUAUACCUGAACACAUUUUUGUUUUGGUAAAAAACUAAACAAAUUUAUUUUAAUUUUACUAUUUUCGAAAAAAUUGAAGAUAGCUAUUUUAUAGAGGUUAAAUAUUCUUUUGAAAAUUCAACCGUAUAAACUUUUUAUUUUCAUUAAAUUCGUUAGUUUUAAUAAUUUUUCAAAAUUCAGAGAAAAGUACCUAUAAUUAUGCAGCAGACUAUAAUUGCAUUCGUUAGUUGAUUAUUAUAACUAAUUACUAUGGCUAAUUGACUGUACACUUUUUUUCCUAGAGUAGAAUUUAGAUACUACACGGGAAAAAUAUAGUGAUGAUGAAAUAACGAGAAAUUUGUUGUUAAAAUAAUUAUACCAUUUUACAAUCACUAAAAUUGAAAACAAUAAAUGAAUUUUCUUUGUAUAACGUAUAUAUAGUUAUUUUGUAAGAUGUAUUCAUGUGGCUUAUUAAAAAAAAAAAAAAAUGAUCGUUUAAACUCUAAUAGUCUUACAUAAUUUAAAAAUGGGUGGGGGAGGUGAAAUUUUUGAAAAUUUACAAAGUAGACGUGAAUAAAAAAAGGUUAAGAACCACUGCUUUAAACCAAAUAAGCUCAAACUCAGGAAUUAGAGUUGUUUUAUAGACGAAUUUAAGUGAUAAAAAUUUGGUUGAGUUUCAAUACAAACAUUAAACUAUAUUGUUGUAGGUGAAAGCGGUUUUAUCUUUAUAAAUCUCAACAGACUCCUCAAAUGAAGCCUGGGGGAUGAAAGUUUGUAUAUGCAUUAUGCAUGCAUGUAUGUAUUUGUAUGUAUCAAGGAUGUGCCUUUUAAGAGUUUCAAUUUUCAAAACCCUUUAAUUUGUGAACAAAUAUUAAUUAUUAUUUGUCACAAUACCUCAGAGGGACAUAUGGUGCUACAGGUUUAGCAAACCGGAGCCCCUAGCUCAUACUAGUAUUAAGUCUAGGUGAAUGAGUGCAGUAGGCAUUAUCGUAUGGUCUCUUUGCUAUCGAAUUAUUAAUUUCUAUUAUUUUACUAUCGGCAUUUUGACACGUUCAGCUAUUUAACUAACGGCUGUUUGGUUUCGGUUGAAUAUAUUAUGUACGUUCCUAUGUCCUGCUAUGCAUCCUAUGCAUUUUUAUUGUAGGUCUAUAUGUAAUAACUCAAGAAAUUAUUUUGGUAGGUAGGUACUGAACUAUUAUUUAUUUAACCGAAUUAAAAACAUAUUUUGUGUUUGGUCGAGUUCAGACUUUAAGGUAAGUAUAUCUAUUUGACAUUUGCAUGGUACCUACCUAGGUAAAUUCUACGACUUAUCAGAUAUUUGACUAAAUAUAGGUAAGUAGGUAUUGCAAAAGUGAGAGUUUUCCUAGAUUGAAUAAUUUUACAAACCUGUAUCAGUUUUUAUCAUUAUAAAUAAUUAUAAGAAGAAAAUACAAACAAAGUAAAUUCUUGACAUUACACAAAAUUCGACUUUGAUUAGGUACACUGAAAUCUAAUUAAUAUUAAAUCAUAAAAUUAUAUAAUAAAAAAAUUAAAAUAGGUAUUUAUUAACUUGAAACAUUUUGAAUACAGAAGUCAUUAAAUCGAAAAUUGUUAAUACAUUCAUUUCAAAAAAAAAAAAUGUCUAGACAUAGAAAAAGUAGAGCUCCAGCCAUGGCGUAAAAAGGUGGAAGGUUAUCAAGGGUACAUAAAUAGUACGGAUAUAGAAGAUUUAAAAACCAAAAUAAAUAAUAAGACGUAUGACAAAGUUCCAUUAGAUUGUAUGUGGAUUAUAGAAGUACAACCAGGUUGGAAGGUAUUCAUUCUUAAACUAGAUUUAAUAUAAAAAUAUCAUUUCUUUGAAAUUAUUACACUUUUUAUAGAUUCAGCUUAAUUUUAAAGAUUUUGCAUUGGAAAAACCAAACGAUUGUGGAUUAAAUGUAGUAGAGAUUUUCUCUAAUCGUACAGAUAUGGCUUCACGUCUGAAGGUAUUUUGUGGAUCAAUUGCAGAAAUGGUGCAAUCGCCGAGUAAUAAAUUGCAUGUACGAUUUUUGGCAGUAGGGAAUGGAGUGAAAUCAAAAUUUUCAGCACUUUUUACUGCAUACCGUACUAAAACAAAAGAUGAAGGUAGGUAGCAAAAUUUAGUUAAUAAAACCUUAGUAAGUAUAACAAUAUUUAUAGAUAAUAUUAUAAUACCUGUACCUAUUGUUAUACACUAAAUAUGUAUCUACAUACCUACUGGCUGCUACUCACCAUGAUUUACUAAUAUUAUUAGGUAGGUGUCUAGCAUAACUUAUUAACUGAGGCAUGUAUUUAUCUUUGGCCAAAAAUAGUAUCUUAUCAUUUACCUCCAUGUGGAUAUAAAUGUAUCUUAUUUAUUUUAUGUAAAAUCAUUAUUUAUGGUAGUAUACUGCUUUAUAACUUUAUUAUUAAAUCACACGUAAAACCAAAAUACAUAUAAAUCAUGUUUAUAUAAUAUUGUUAUAAUUUUUUAUAUAAAAAAAAAAAAAAAAAAAACAUUCAAAUAUUAUUCAAAAUCAAAUUAAAUUUGGAAAUAUUAAGUAGACAACUCGUAACUAGGUAGGUACAAUAUUUUCAUUGAUUUUUUUUUCUUCCAAAAACAUGAAAUAUGAAUAAUUUCAUUAUAUUUGUAAAUUGUUGAUGUUUUACAUACAUUUUUAAAAUAAGUAUAUAAGAACUGUUUGCGGUAAAAAAAAUUUCCUUUUUUUUUGCCCUUUUCUUUUAUAAGUAGCCCCUAAAAUGUUAUCUCUUUAAUCACUUGCUUGUUGAUAAGCCUGGUGCUGGUAGGUAAUGUAAUAAGACAUUUAUUCUGCAUAUUUUCUAUAUAAAAAUGGGCUUCUUGUAUAGGUAUAAACCAAGCAAACCUAACUUCCAUAUUCUCACAAAAAAUGACAAUAAAAUAUUAAAUAAAUUUGACAUAGCUUCAAAUAUACAUUCAACUAAUUCCUAAAUCCACAAUAAAUUAUAAAACAAUAUUUUUAGUAAUAUGUUGUCGAACUAUUUAUCAGGAAAUUGUAUUUCAUCUUUAUGUAAUAUAUCAUAGACAUUUUCAAAAUAUUUCUAGCUUGUGGUGCUGAUCAAUAUGAUUGUGAAGAUCUAACUUGUAUAGCAUCUGAAUUACGUUGUAACCAAGUUGAAAAUUGUCGUUUCCGAUGGGAUGAAGAUGGAUGUCCAGUAUAUUUUUUAUUUUAUAUAUAUUUUUUUAAUUAUUAUUUUAGAUACUAUAUAAGAUUACAUUAUUUUAGGAAGAAGACAACAGAUUAAUGCUACUUUUCUCAAGUUUUGACAUAAUAGUUAUCUUGGUAGUAUUUUUUUUAAUAUUAUGUGGUAUGUGUUCUGCAUUCAUCACCAACAUUAUCCGAAAACUUGUACAUGAUCACCGAAUUAUUAAAGUAAGUGGUAAAAAAAAUGUUAAAUUAAUAGCAAGUAUAGAUUAUAUUAUAGGUUAGGUGUACAAAAUAAAAUUUAUAUAUUCAGUGUAAUUUUUUUUUUUUAAGUUCGAUGAACUAUAAUAUAUUGUACUUAUUACAGUUUUUUUAUUUUUUUAAUAUACCUCUUAAUAUUAAACUGCCAUUAUCCUGAUAAUAUUUUUUUUUACAUUGUUAACAUUGACAAUUAAUAAUUUUAAUAAUUCCUAACAAAUUUUUUUUUUUUUAAACCAGUUUAAGGGGAACAUUUUAAUGAUUUAGAAAAUUUGUUUUUUGUUGAAAAGAGGAAAUAGAAAAUUGACUUUUGAUUAUGUAACUAAAAACCAAUAGAAAAAUAAGUUAAAAUAAUGAUUAAAAUUGGUCACUGAAUAUAGUGUUUAGAAAUAUAAUUUUCAUAAUCCAAGUCCAAUGCAUAAAGAAGUUUUCUUCUUUUUAACAAAAAAGAUCAAAAUCAGAUCACUUUGCAAGCUUUUUAAAUACAAAUAAAGUGAUUUGUGGACUUUAUUAUUUCUAAUAAUAAUUCUUUACUUAAGGAAAUAAUUAGAGGUACAGUAGAAUCCGCUUAAUUGGGACACAUUGGGCGGUGACCUAUUUGUCAUCUAUUAGGCUGUUCACGAAUAGCUUUUUCAUUAUUUUUCAAUCGGCUUAGUACCGAUUUAGAGAUGCCUAUUAUUUUCUCUAACUCACGAUGACUGGAAGAAUGAGGUUGAGCUUUAAUUUUAUCCAGAUUAGAAAUUUUUUCAAUCAACGUUAAAUCUUUACGAAACGUAAAUUGUUACGUAUUAACACAAACUGAGAUCAAUAAAAACACACAUACAUUAAUACGCAGACGAAAGAACGCGAACUAAAGUUUUUCAAUUUUGUACGUAGGCUAGUCGACUCUUAUCGUGGUAGUAGAAGAAAAAUAAAUGAUUACCUAUAUAAUAGAGCUAUAAAGAUUAGAUAAUUACAGUUUCGAUAAGAAGUAGAUAGAUAAUUUAGGUCUUGCCUUAAACGAAUACAUUCGUUCGAGACUAUGACAAUUCAUCCCCAUUAAGCAGAUUCUACUGUAUAUGAAUUUCAAAUGUGUUUAUAUCUAGAAAACACAUAAUUUAAUUUUCUUUUUCUUUAAUAAAUUAAAUUAUUUACACCCUUAAAUUAGGAACACAUGCGGCAUUCAAGAGAAGAUCAUUUGGAUCAAAUUGGAAGAAUAAAUGUUACAGACGAACAAUCACUCGAAGAUUCUGGUCCCCAUGGACAUGACUAUCCUCAAAGUGAUAACAGUAGUCAAACCACUAAUUUAAUCCAAAACAAACACAUUAUUAACACAUCUAGUUCUGAUUGUUAUGUUCCAUCUGGUGAUCUUAUUCCAGUACUAAUGAAGCAUGACCCUCCUCGUCUUUAUACUUCUGUUGAAGAUGAAGAAGGUGAUGGAUUGAUGAGUUCCUAUCCAAUGACAACUGAAACUAAAGAUAUAGAGUGCCAAACUAGGGAGAGUCUUUUUGACACUUCAGUUGUGCCUAAAGUCACUGGUCAUUAUAGAGUAAGGCCAUCAGAAUCUCCUUUCAGACCACCAUUAGGAUUUUCUACUUUUGGAUACAGGAAAGAUUCAGAUAGUUCGGCUGAUGCAAAACCAUCAAAAUUUAGAGCUGAAGCCGUUAUUGAAAUGGAUAAGUUUUCAUCAGAACUAAGUCAAAGGCCAUACAGUAUUGAAUCAACAAAAUCAGCUCCAGAUGUUAUAGUCAUGCACUGACUAUGUAUAAUUGUAUACAAUUUAUAUUUUAUAGUAUACUUUUUAAAAGUAUACUUGUUAAGAAAAGUCAUAUUUAAACAAAAUGCUCAAAUUGGACUAAAAUAAAAAUAAUUGAACCGAUAGUUACGGGAGGAUAAAUAAUGUACAUUAACUCGUGAGUACUAUCAAUAUUUUCAAUAAAUUUAAUGUUUGAUAAAUAUUUUUAAAAAUUGUGUAUUGUGAUUUAUCAAUGAUAAUAUUCUUUAACUAUCACAAAUAAAUUUGUCUUAUAACCUAAGGGCUAAGUCAUAAUUACAAUUUGUAUUUUACUAAACAAAGAAUAUCAAAUAAAUUAUUCCAAAUUGAUAUUUACCAAAAUGUUUUUAUUUUAUCAAACACAUCAUUUUACUUUAUUAAAAUUUCAAAUUAUGUACUUGUAGUCAUUGUCCAUUUUUUUUUUUAUUAUUCUUGUAGACAUAUAAAUACAUAAAAUCAUUGUAUCUAUGGUUGAUUUUUUAUGGGUGUACAUAUUGUUGUGACAGUGCUCUUAAAAAUUUUAGUUUUCUUAUGUUGGCCGCUUCUCUUUUAAUUUCAUCAUUAUUAUUUGCAUUUAACUCCAAGGCACCAAUUGUUUUCAGCUACAUAAAACAAAUUUAAAAAACACCCCAUUUAAAAAUAGGAUUAAAAAAAAAAUUGUACUUUCAAAAUGUAUAUAGAAUUUAUAUAAUCAUAUAAAUAAAAACUAAAUACAAAAAUAACUUCCAAUAAAUUGUAAUGGAUAUUAUUAUUCCUAAUACC